CUCAGUUGCCGAUGAGCGCUUCGCUGUCACAGAUCUACUUCGGUUUGGGUACGCCGCUCUGCUCUCCAGCACUUGUAUCACGUUCCAGUCUUUUACUAUUACCAGACUAAGGCUUCUAAUCAAUUAAUUGAAGCUUGAUUAGAACAGCGCGAAUCAUCUGUUCUCAGCUCUCAUUAUCGAACAUCAAUUUAGUUUCUCGCGGCAGUCGUUUGGAAAGGUUGGACGUUCAGUACCCUCCAGUAAUAGAAUGCCACCAAAGCCUCCAGCUGCAGCGCUUGCCUCAGUGGGUAAGGGCAUCCACUCCAAGGUGUACAAUGGCCUCAUUGGAGUCUGUGAUAAGUUUGUGCCGCCCAAGAUGCGUCCUCUCUGGAUGCAUCCAGCAGGUCCAAAGACGAUAUUCUUUUGGGCACCGAUCGUCAAGUGGGGUCUGGUCAUCGCCGGACUAAGUGAUCUGACCCGACCGGCGGACACUAUUUCCGCGAAUGGCUGCCUUGCCCUAGGUGCAACGAAUCUCAUUUGGACGCGCUAUGCUCUGGUGAUCAUACCAAAGAACUAUAGUCUAUUUGCUGUCAAUCUGUUUGUGAGUCUGACGCAGCUUUUCCAACUGGGACGGGCCUGCAACUACAAGCUGGAGCAGUCCAAGCUGGAGAAGGCAACAGCGGAGAGGCCAGCUCUUCUGCAGCAGUAGAACAUAAUUUAUAGUCAUAGGCCAAUUUAUCCACCACAAAUAAAUACAAUUAUUCUCUA